CAUUCGUACUCAAACGCCUGGCCUAAACGAGCAGUCCCUGAACGCAGCACAGGAAGUGAUACGUGGGAGCGAUUCAAUAUGGUGAAGUUUGGGCUCCAGUUUAAAGCCACGUUGGAGAAUGUCACCAACGUGAGACCGUUGGGCGACGACUUUCGCUGGUUUCUGAAGCUGAAGUGUGGGAACUGUGGCGAAAUCCCAGAAAAGUGGCAGUAUGUGACCCUAGUGGAAAGUGUGCCGCUAAAAGGAGGAAGAGGUAGUGCCAGCAUGGUGCAGAAAUGUAAACUUUGUGCCAGGGAAAAUUCAAUUGACAUCCUGGGAGACACAAUCACACCAUAUAAUACAGAGGACAAUGAACGCUUCAAAACAAUGGUGCAGUUUGAGUGUCGGGGCUUGGAGCCCAUUGACUUUCAGCCACAAACUGGCUUUGCUGCACAGGGAGCAGAGACAGGGACGCCGUUUCCUGAAGUUAACCUUCUAGAAAAAGACUGGACAGACUAUGAUGAGAAAGCCAAGGAGUCGGUGGGAAUAUAUGAAGUCACCCACAAGUUCAUCAAGUGCUGAUGUUGUCAUGAUGAACCCUAGUGUUGGGUGAAUGAACACCAGUCAUCAUCACAAAUCUGUUUUUUGGCAACACAGACUCUUGAGAUACUGAGGUAAACUGGUUUGGAUGAUGGUAAACAUUAAAAGGUGUGGAUUACCAACACAAUGCCAAUGCUCUAAAGAUACUUUUUUUUCACUGCCUCAAUAAAAUUGAAGGGUGAAAAUUUUAA